AUGUACUCCGCGUACGAUCCACCCUCGUCGCGGUCGCCCGGCUCGCACCGCCACCAGCCCCAGACCCUUCACCGCCAGCCCUCCCGCCAGUUUGACGCCUACGGCCAGCUGCCGCCCGGCGCCCUGUAUGCAGGCGACGACCAUCAGCAAGGCUACCAGCAGCCGCAGCCGCGCAGCUACGACCGCCUGAAUGCGACCGUCCACUCCCCCUACGACUACAACAUGGGCGCCCAGGGCUGGAACGCAAACGCCUUUGGGCAAAACACCAUCGGCGCGCUCGGCGGCGCUGCCACCACCCGGUCAAAGCAGCAGGGUCGCGGCGGCGGGCGCAGCGCUCUGCCGGCGGGAUGGCUGGACCAGUCCCAGGGUCUUCCGACGUUCGCGCUAGGUGGCUUGGGCAAUGGUCACCCCAACUCGCUGCUGAACCCUGCCAUGCAGCAGAACCAGUUCUCGCACGACGUUGACGAAGAGCUCAUCCCCACCGCCAUCGUGAUUAAGAACAUCCCCUUCGCUGUGAAAAAGGAGCAGCUUGUGUCGCUGAUGACCGAGCUCCGCCUGCCCCUGCCCUAUGCCUUCAACUACCACUUCGACAAUGGCGUCUUCAGGGGUCUUGCCUUCGCCAACUUCACGACUGCAGAGGAGACGGCCCAGGUCAUCGAGGCUAUGAACCACUUCGAGCUCCACGGCAGGAAGCUCCGUGUCGAGUACAAGAAGAUGCUGCCGCUGGCCGAGCGGGAAAGGAUCGAACGCGAGAAGAGGGAACGCAGAGGCCAGCUGGAGGAGCAGCACCGUCCUAUGCCUGGAUCCCUACAGACGCAACAAUCAUACAGCUCCCUGGCUUCUCACAUACCAGCGACAUCGCCCUCCCCCGUGUCCGGGCUUCGUCAGCAAAAGCCUGGUAUGUGGCGCGGAGACCUCGGAGCAGGACCCUCUCCGACUAACCCUUCGGCAGAAGUGGACUUGAACGACCCCCAGGUACUGCAGUUCUAUUCACAGCUGCUUCUUUUCAAGGAGUCACCCGAAAGGGAUAGCAUGACCUUCCCAUCUACCUUGUCACCGCCUCAGCGACGCAUUGUGCACACCCUGGCUCAUCAACUUGGCCUUGCCCAUAUCUCCAAGGGCGACAGCGGACAGCGCCAGCUGCACAUCUUCAAGGUCCACGACAGCCAGGGUUUGAGCCCGCCUAUGCCGCAGAUGCCCACGAGCCAUGCCACAGAACAACCAGGACGCCGCGGUCUCAACCGCGCCGCUACCACCGACUUCAGUGACGUCCGCGCCUCGGAAGGUUUCUACAACGCGUUCGGCAGGCAAGCCUCUGGCCUGCUUGGGUUCCCCGAUUCUCCUGGUGGGCUUGCCGCUGCACCUAAUCUACGAGCCGCCAAGUCGUAUGCUGACCUUCGAUCGUACACACCAUCACCAGCGCCAUCCACAGCAAGCCAUCCCAUCGGACGCUUGGGAGGCCCUACACUGGAAGGCUUGUCCUUCACUGGUUCCUCGACAAACCCAAACGGGACCCCGACUACGGCUUCCAUGUCGCAACGUGAUGACGGGCUUCUCGAACGUGAGCUUGGUCGCAUGCAGAUUGGAGGAGGCUUCGCCCAAGGCGGCAGCCCGCGUUCGCUUCGGCAAAUGACAUCCUGGGAUAACCCGGGACCUAUUGGAGGCCAUCGUACGUUUGGAGGAGGAAACUACGACGACCGUCCUUCCCGACAACCUCGUGGCCCUGUGCCCGAGCGCGGCAGUGGCUUCAGCCGCCCUCGACAGAACGGCCACCAAGGCCGUGGCAGCGACGAACUCUCCUCGCAGUCCAACGUGGAGAUUCUGGUUGGCCAGUGA